AUGGCAGCCCCGGUGAAAGCAGCGCUGGCUCUCCUGGUUCUCACCGUGGCAAGUGUGUGUGUGUGUGCACUUCUCCAUCAGGUAUGGAAUGACUACAGAUUAAUGUGGGACCCUGAAGAGUACGAGGGAAUCAAAAAAAUCCGGCUCCCGUCACAACACAUCUGGCUGCCAGACAUCGUCCUCUACAACAAUGCUGAUGGGACCUAUGAAGUCUCCUUCUACUCCAAUGCUGUGGUAUCCAACAACGGCGAGGUGGCCUGGCUCCCACCAGCUAUCUACAAGUCGGCCUGCAAAAUUGAAGUCCGUGAUUUCCCUUUUGACCAGCAGAACUGCACUCUGAAGUUUCGCUCCUGGACCUACGACCACACUGAGAUUGAUCUCAUCCUCCUCAGUGACUUUGCCUCACGUGAUGACUUUAAACCCAGCGGUGAGUGGGAUAUUAUUUCACUGCCUGGACGCAAGAAUGAAGACCCUAAUGACAUCAGGUACCUGGAUAUCACCUAUGACUUUAUUAUCAAGAGAAAACCUCUGUUCUACACCAUCAACCUGAUCAUUCCCUGCAUCCUGAUCACGUCGCUGGCUAUUCUAGUGUUCUACCUCCCUUCAGACUGUGGUGAGAAGAUGACUCUCUGUAUCUCUGUCCUCUUGGCCCUGACUGUGUUUUUACUUCUUAUCUCAAAGAUUGUGCCACCCACGUCUUUAGCAGUGCCUCUGAUUGGGAAGUACCUGAUGUUUACAAUGGUGCUGGUCACCUUCUCCAUCGUCACCAGUGUUUGCGUGCUUAACGUGCACCACCGGUCUCCCAGUACGCACACCAUGCCCCCUUGGGUCAAGCGUGUCUUCCUGUAUCGACUCCCCUCUUACCUCUUUAUGCGGAGACCUGGUAGCUCCAACAUCCGUGAAAAGUUCCGGAAAAAACACCAGCAGCGAUCGUACUCUGACCAGAAGCUGCGAGGAGCAGACGGAGGGACUGGAAGUCCUGCGGGAAUGGCAGAUUCCUCCUCAUCAUUCUUUGUGAACGAGGACUUGGCCAAACGCUACGGCUGGAAGAUCAGCGACUUGUCAGACAACACAGAUUUCAGGAAGAGGAUGACGCUCAAGUGCAACAUUGACGUAGAAGACGCAGUAGAUGGAGUGCGCUACAUAGCUGAGAAGAUGAAGAGUGAGGAUGAUGAUGAAGGGAUUAUUGAAGACUGGAAGUACGUGGCCAUGGUGAUCGACCGUCUCUUCCUGUGGAUCUUUGUAUUGGUGUGUGUGGUCGGGACGCUGGGCCUCUUCAUGCAGCCUCUGUUCCAGAGUUACAACACACCCAUUAUUGAUGACGUGGACCAUAACUGAAAUCUGAAACCUGAACUUUGAUCUCAACAUAACCCAGACGGUCCCCACCACAACAGAAACAGAUCUCUGACAUCAUUUUAACACAAGAACUCACAUAUCCGCCUCGCACCACACGCUCACUGGGAAACGAUAAUCAUGCACUUUAUCCCUCCUCCAUCACCUGCUCUCUUCCUUAUUUACACCCUUUGCCCUCUUCAUCCUUAAUGUGUCCUGCCAUACUCUGCUCCACGCAUUAGUCAUUACCUUAAUUGAUACCUCUGGUUCAUAAUAACUUGGUUUAA